AUCCGAGUUCCCGCGUUCUUGCCAAUGUGAAUUUUGUUUACCAGCUAUAUCCAUAUCUUAUUUACAUAUGGACAUUUCUGCCGCCCCACAACCGAGCAAUACACACAUUUUAAUUAAGACGCAGCGCCAGACGAGACGGGUUCGCAUCGGCUUCUGUUCUUGGGCUCUGAAUUCUGGGUACUGCUUGUGGUUCCUCGUCUAGUUCUGGUCACAAAGUAGUCAGUCUUCAGCGCAGCUCGAUAGCGAAAGAUGUUUGCCGGGAGCGGCGGUCCCAGUGCCACCGAUCCAUCUAAUCCAAGGUCGCGGUGAUAGAACUGCUCUACUGUGUCGAUUGGCGCCAUGUGCUGCUGGUGUGCACGUGUCUACUGGACGGUUUUGCACAAUCUCCUGGCUCGCAUGAUGGACAGCCUGAUGGAAGUCAGAUCACCCACCUUCUGUAGCUGCUGCUUCGGUUAUCAGCGGCAGGCCAGUCAGGAAGGUGACGUCGCAGAACGGGUUUCCAGCACCGACGACGAUCCACAACAGCAGCCCCGUGAAGAUUACGUCAUUGUGGACGAUGCCGAUGUCAACUAUGCGGAGAUCGAGGAGCGGCAUGUGGAAAAGGAGCAGUACUACUUCACAGUGGAUCGUCUUACGGCGGAGCGAAUGCUCCACGGACGAGAGGACGGGUCCUGCCUGGUUCGACCUUUCAAGGCAGCCGACCAGUGGAUCCGGUACAUAGUGAGCAUCUGGGCGGCGGAUCAGUACUAUCACCUGUUCAUAAGGCAAGUGGAUAGGAGACAGCGCUACGCUAUAGGCCAGAAGAAGUCCCAGGAGCGCUGCUUCGGAUCCCCUUCGGAAAUUGUGGAGUUCUACACGGAGCAUCCACUUCUCUGCACCAACAAAGUCCGGAGCCAGUGCGUCCAACUCCGUCCCAUCAGUUACGCUUAGCUAGGGGUCAAAUCUUUA